AUGAAAAAAUUUUUUUGUGAAGUUAUAAAAAUAUUUUUUAUAUUUUUAAUAUUUAUAUCUUAUGUAAAAUCUUCGAGAUUAUCAAAAAGAUCAGUGGCGAUAGGAGACGAUAAUUACAAAUGGAGUCACGGAGUGAUUAUGUACAAAAUAAACGAAAAAGUUUUCAACAGUUCGAGAAUUUUGUCAAUCUUCAGAGCGAUGAGACACUGGGAAGCUUCGACUUGCGUAAAAUUUGUUGAACUAGACACCAAAAUUUUGCAUCCAGAUUAUAUUUUUUUUACAAAGUCGGAGGAAAAAAAAUGCGAUUCGAAUGUUGGGCAAUACUAUUGUGCGGAAAAUCCGAUUCGGUUGGCAGAUUCUUGCACUCACCAAGACAUCAUUCGUCAAUUAGGACACAUUAUUGGGCUGUACUUUGAACAUCAGCGCCCUGAUCGCGAUGAGUACGUCAAAGUGCACGACAUUAAUAUCCAAUCUAACCACGAGUUUGACUUUGAAAAGCAAGAUAAAAAGAACGUCCGCACUUUCGGUUUCCCGUAUGACUUUAAUUCAAUUAUGCAGGUGGGAAGGAGAGUCGGUGCGAGAAGUGAAUCUGAAGACACGCUGACACCGGUGAAAAAAGUUAAUGGUAAACUUCCGGUUAUCGGCGACGCUAAAGGUGCAAGUGAAAUUGAUAUUCAAGUGGUUAAUCUUCUUUAUAAUUGUCCAAAAUGCGGAAGGACUAUCCAAGAAACUAGUGGAGUAAUAAAGUCCCCAGUUACCCCAGAAAGUUUAUAUUCCAAUCAAGUGAUCGAAUGCGAAUGGAGAAUGCUCGCUCCUCACGGUCACCGUAUCAAAUUCGCAAUUACAUCGUUGGAUAUUUAUGAAACCGCUGACUGUGCUACCGACUAUUUGGAAAUCGCAGAUGGUUACUCCGACGACAAAGCACUCCGGCGGAAAUUCUGCAGAACUGGUAAUGAAGCUAGUUUACAUUCGACGGACAACCGUAUGUUGGUGAAAUACCGAAAAAGUGGUGAAAGCACCCACAAGGGAUUCACUGCGCAAUACCAACAGACUUGCAAUCACACAAUAUUUGUUGAUGGAAAAACAGUUCAUUUGGAGUCUCCGAACUAUCCCGAACCGUACGGAGCGAAUCAACAAUGCUUUUGGCGGCUAGUUGCUCCCGAAAACCAUCAACUCGCUGUUAAACUCGACUUUGUUGAGCUUGAAAAUGAAGAGGAUAAUUGUUCCUUGAAAUUUGAUGAUGGAAGGACUGAGACAAGUGCUUGCGCUCUUGAUAAGGCUGCUGAAUAUUUUAGUUCUGAUAAUUAUCUUAAUGUCACCUUUAUUCCUAGAUCUACUGGACGAAAUGGAUUUUCAAUUUCUGUUGCCGUGAAAAUUUUAGUUUGA